AUGGCUCUCACUCUCGAGGCCGUCUCUCAGUCUCUCAUCCCCAAGUCACUGUUGCUCACCAUCUUCGCUCCUCCGGACUUCGCCUGCAAGAGAGCCAGCCAACCCUCCCUCUCUCUCCUCCAAUUCCACUUCGCCCCUCUUACUCUCCCCCUCCAAACCCUAAAAUCGCUCCCCGCCGGCACCAAGAUCCCAACUCUCCUCUCUAGUAGCUCCCUCUUUGUCACCUCGCCUCUUUCCGCCACCGGAAUCUCUCUCAACGGCGUCAGGGUCACGACCGCCGCCUCGCGGAUCUACUACGACGGGUUCUUGAUCGUUCUCAGAGCUGAGGACUUCUUCGACCCAAACCCGAAUUCCGGUCAUGGAUCCAAUGUGAAAGUUACCUUUGUCGAACGGUAUAAGCACGAUUGGGUUUCUGGCGACUUCUUGGUUUGA